AUGCCCACACAGCUACCAGAAUCCAUACUCCACUCGUCGUUUGUCCCAAAUGACGAUGAAGCCGUUGCUGUUCGAGAUUAUAUCCAACACUCGAAGGCUUCGCUUUCCAACUUGGAUACGGAGAUCGAACGUCUCAGAGCCUCGCUUCAAGCCCUGGAAUUUCGGAGGCUCACUUUACAAGAGGAUAUAGCUCAACACGAAGCGAGCCUCUCACCUCUUCGACGCCUCCCACCCGAGAUCUUGUCCGAGAUCUUCCUCUACGCGCAAGGGGAUGCGACCGUUUCCUGGCCUCGAGUGGACACGACCGGCGCCUCGGACAUACCAUGGAAGUUUGGGAGGGUGUGUAGCUAUUGGCGGACAGUUUUCAUGUCGCUUCCCAAGCUUUGGUCGCGGAUAAACAUCGACUUGUCGACUGUGCGGCUGGCGAGUUUGGAAGCCAACCAUCCGGUUCAAGCGCGGGCACACGAGUUCCUCCAGGCAUGCCUCCAUCGAUCAGGCACCGAACCGCUAUGGAUCUCUCUACGGUAUCAACCUGGAGGAGUGGGAGGCCCAGGGAGGGCCCAAGACGACAGGACCGCCGAACUCGCCUCUUCGUUGCUUGCGGUGUUGGUCGGGGAUGCAGAACGGUGGCAAGAUGUGGCACUAGAUCUCGACAAUCUCUUCAGCUAUCGAUCCAUCCUCGCUGCCACACGAGACAGACUACCCAUCCUACACGCUCUCAGCCUCUCUUCUUCCGGCAAUUUGGCACCAGCGCCGCGACCCUGGCAAGCGAUCGAGUCGUUCCUCAAUGCGCCACGGCUGACGAGGCUGACACUGAACAAUAUCGCCCAUCCGACGCACCACCUUCGAAUGCCCUGGGGUCAACUCAAGUACCUCCGUUCAAAAGGAAGCACGUUCCUUGAAGGCGAGUUCAGUCGGAUCCUCAAGGAGUGUGUGUUGCUGGAGGAAUUCACGACCGAGGACGAGCGGGUUUUGGAGGUAGCCGCCACGACGGCCACAGUCCAUCCUCACAUCCCGACUGGCACGUCUCCUCCCAAUGGCCAACUUGCCACGGUCUCGAGUGCAGUCUACUUGCCCCACCUCCACACCCUCUGCCUGGUCAACAAGAGCUCCUACAUCUCCCGAAUCUUCCAGCUCAUCACCGCCCCAUCCUUGACCACGCUCUCCAUCCGGGCGCGGACGCUCUUCAACCCCGAACAGACGAUCAACAUGCUGCGACGAUCCAAGGCGUCUCUGCAGCUUCGGAAACUCGUUAUGCAGAGCUCGAAGGAUCCGGAGGUUGUGUGGGAGGAGAACUAUGGGAUUGUGGGUCUUUUGGUGGAGGUGAAGGGUGUACGAGAGUGUGUCCUCCGGGUCAGUCGAUCUGCCGACGAGAUCAUACCACGAUUGACGGUCAAGAGGGGGAUGGGCGGCGCCGCCUCCUUGAGGUCAUCCUCGGGAGGUUCGGGUUUCGGGUUUGCUGGGGCUCUGGGCACAGGGUACGCGAAUGGCGUCACCAGACCUGGUAAUGGUACGGCCAUGGGGGCACCGGGAAUGGUCCUCCUUCCGAACCUGCAGAAGUUUUCGUUACACGAUUCGUUCUGCGUGUCGACGGCGGAUGUGAAGGCGAUGUUGGAGAGUCGGAUUUCGAAUACUGCUGUUGCUUUGGUGGACGAUCCUGAGGAGGAUUGUGGGGAGGUUGGCGGGGUUGCGAGGUUGAAGGAGGUGCGACUGGAGCUAUCACGACCUGCGCCGCCAAAGUAUGGGGAGUUGGAAGAGCUUAAGAAGUUGGCUUUGGAGAAGGGCGUGGAGAUGAGUAUCUCUGUUUGA